AGAUCUGGAAGAGCAAAAAACACCGCAACAAUGGUCUUCUCAGUAGCCGACAAGCAUGCAAUAGAACAAGUGGCCCUACUAAUAAAGCCAAAGGCUGCAGCUAUUGGUGCAGAUGCUUUAGCCAGGCUGUUUGAGCUCCAUCCUCAAACCAAGACAUACUUCCCGUGUUUCAAGAGCUACCUUGCCACUGAUCAUCAUGUCAUAGCUCAUGGCACCAAGGUAUUUGAUGCCUUGGUGAAGGCCGCUGAACACUUGGACGACCUGCCCAAACACCUGGAGAAGCUGGCCAAGAAACAUGGUACUGAACUCCUUGUGGAACCUCACAACUAUGUGCUGUUUUCAGACAUCAUUGUGGCCACCUUGGCCAUUCAUCUGCCUUCGUUCACCCCUGCAACUCAUACUGCCGUCGACAAAUUCCUUGAGGAAGUUGCACAUCAAUUGAGCUCCAUGUACCGCUGAAGAUGCAGUCAAACAACUAUGGUGGAAGACAGCAAGAUCAUCAUUCGAAUCCCCACCUACCUGUUUUCUCAAAAUCCUAGCUAAUAAAAUCAUUAUUCCUUUGAAUGCAAAUAUUGCGUUUGCUUUUGCUCCCUCGCUUUAAUCUUUUAAAUGUUGUCAAUAAUGAACUUUGGCAAAAUUGGUAAAACUGAGCGCUAUAUAAACAUUCACUUCCAUC